AUGCAUAGAAAAGGGGAGAAGAAGAUGAAAUUGAAGAAAGGGUGUGUUGCAGUCAAAGUGGGAUUAGAAAAUGGUCCAUUCCAAAGAUUUGUCAUCCCAAUUUCGUACCUACACAAUCCUCUCUUUCAAAGGCUUCUUGAUAGGGCUUGUGAGUUCUACGGCUACCAUACAAGUGGACCUCUUAUGCUACCAUGUUCAGUCGAGGAUUUUCUUCACCUCCAACGACGAAUAGAAAGAGAUGCCAACAAGCCCAAUCACCAUUGUCACCACCACCACCACCACAAUCUAUUUGUAGCUUUGCCACAUUACCUUAGUUGA